AUGGAGUCCGGCAAACUUGCCCCUCCGACACUCCAAAUCAACACGCGACAGCGUGCUCUGAGUCAGGCAGACACGGUCACAUCACAAACAUCAGACCCCUUCCGGACACCAAUAUCACCAAGCAAUGCGUCCACAAGUGGUGCAUCGACGGUAGUAGGAGACUACGAUGCAGCGUUGCAAAAUGAGUUGCGCGCUGAAGCUAAAGCCGACACGAACAACCCCUUCGCCUUCACACCAUCACAGCUCAGCAAACUGUUGAACCCCAAAUCGCUUCCUGUAUAUCAAGCAUUGGGAGGCAUCCACGGUAUCGCAGCCGGACUACAAUCAGACACUCAUUCCGGUCUGAGUGCCGACGAAUCGACAGUUGCGAGACACAUUUCCUUCGACGAAGCAACAAAUCCACAGACACCUACAAAGGAGAAAGAAUCAAGUCGACCGCCAAGUGACGGAAAGCCCUUCGAGGAUCGCAUACGCAUACACGGACGGAACGUACUACCACCGAAGAAGGUCACCCCUCUAUGGAGACUUGUCUGGAACGCGUACAAUGACACUGUACUCAUAGUUCUUACUGUUGCAGCUGCCAUCUCGCUAGCACUCGGACUCUACGAAACGUUUGGUGCGGAACAUCCACCGGGAUCUCCCACACCUGUCGACUGGGUCGAGGGUUGCGCAAUUGUAGUAGCUAUCGUCAUCGUUGUACUCGUCACCGCCGUAAAUGACUGGCAAAAGGAAGCAGCAUUCGCAAAGCUCAACGCGAAGAAGGAACAACGCGAUAUCAAAGUCACACGAUCGGGAAAGACCGCUAUGAUCAGCAUCUACGACGUCCUAGCCGGCGACAUCAUACACCUGGAGCCUGGCGAUGUCAUUCCAGUCGACGGAAUCUUUGUGGAUGGCUCCGACGUCAAGUGCGACGAGUCUUCUGCUACGGGAGAAUCAGACGCCAUGCGCAAGACACCAGGUGCCGCUGUCAUGAAAGCACUUGAGUCCGGUCAGUCCACCAAGGGCCUUGACCCCUUCGUCAUCUCCGGCGCAAAGGUUCUCGAGGGCGUCGGUACUUUCAUGGCGACAUCUGUCGGAGAGAAUAGCAGCUUUGGCCGCAUCAUGAUGUCUGUCCGCGUCGAGAUCGAGGAGACACCACUACAGGCGAAGCUCGCUAAGCUUGCCAUGGCUAUCGCUUACCUCGGAACUGCAGCUGCUGGUCUCCUCUUCUUUGUCCUUCUCUUCCGUUUUGUUGGUGGGCUAUCUGGUGAUACCCGAUCUGCAUCUCAGAAAGGUUCAGCGUUUAUGGAUAUCCUCAUCGUUGCUGUUACCAUUAUCGUGGUAGCAGUCCCAGAAGGUCUCCCACUAGCAGUCACGCUGGCGCUGGCUUUUGCGACGACCAAAAUGCUGAAGGAGAACAACCUUGUCAGAAUCUUGCGCGCAUGUGAGACUAUGGGCAAUGCUACAGCCAUUUGCUCAGACAAGACCGGUACUUUGACAACAAACCGAAUGACGGUCGUUGCCGGCACUUUCGGCACCACCAGCUUCGUUCACGCGGACGCCGCCUCAGAGAAGGACCAAACCAUUUCGGCAUGGGCAUCUAAGGUCUCGGCUGCUGCAAAGCAGCUUCUCAUCCAGUCCAUCGCAAUCAACUCUACAGCUUUCGAAGGCCAAGAGGACGGCAAGUCUGUCUUCGUCGGAUCCAAGACUGAGACUGCGCUACUUGAGCUCGCCAAGGAACAUCUCGGACUCGUCUCGCUGUCAGAGACCCGCGACAGCGAGCAGGUGGUACACAUGUUCCCCUUCGACUCGGCUAAGAAGUGCAUGGGUGCCGUUGUGAGGCUUCCGAACGGACACUACCGCCUCGUCGUCAAGGGUGCAUCUGAGAUCCUCCUCAGCUUUGCCUCUGCAUUUGCGCAUUUCGAGUCACUGGAGACAGAGUCGCUAUCGCAAGAGCACCGCCAGGUACUGACCGAAGCGAUCAACGCAUACGCGAACCGAUCUCUCAGGACUAUCGGACUAGUGUACCGCGACUUCGAGCAAUGGCCACCGGUCAACGCCACGCUCACUGAGGGUGGCAGUGUCGACUUCGCCUCCCUGCUGCGCGAUCUUACAUUCUUCGGGCUAGUUGGUAUUCAGGACCCCGUUCGCCCUGGUGUGCCCGAGGCUGUUCGCAAGGCACAGAAGGCUGGUGUCACGGUCAGGAUGGUUACCGGUGACAACAUGCAAACUGCGCGAGCGAUCGCGACUGAGUGCCUGAUCUAUACCGAGGGCGGGUUGGUAAUGGAGGGACCAGACUUCCGCCGCCUUACUGAAGAGCAGCUCGAUGAGGUGCUGCCGCGACUACAGGUGCUGGCCCGCUCAUCGCCUGAAGACAAGCGCAUCCUUGUUCAGCGUCUCAAGACCCUUGGCGAGAUUGUCGCUGUGACCGGUGACGGUACCAACGAUGCCCCAGCACUGAAAGCAGCCAACGUUGGCUUCUCCAUGGUCUCUGGCACUGAGGUUGCCAAGGAAGCCUCUUCGAUCAUUCUCAUGGACGACAACUUUGCCUCCAUCAUCACCGCGUUGAUGUGGGGUAGGGCUGUCAACGACGCCGUCCAGAAGUUCCUCCAAUUCCAAAUCACUGUCAACAUCACUGCUGUGGUCCUCGCGUUCGUGACCGCGGUCUACGAUGACGAGAUGAAGCCAGCCCUCAGAGCCGUACAGCUUCUUUGGGUCAACCUCAUUAUGGACACCUUCGCCGCCCUCGCCCUCGCUACCGACCCACCGACUGAGAAGAUCCUCGACCGCCCACCGCAGGGCAAAGGCCCUCUCAUCACAACAACGAUGUGGAAGCAAAUAAUGGGCCAGAACAUCUACAAGAUCACUGUCAUCUUCGUGCUAUACUUCGCUGGCGGCGACAUCCUUGGCUACGACCUCUCCGACCCCAACAAGCAACUCGAGCUCGACACCGUCAUCUUCAACGCUUUCGUCUGGAUGCAAAUCUUCAACAUCUUCAACAACAGGCGUCUGGACAACAAGCUCAACGUGCUCGAGGGUGUAUUCAGGAACUGGUUCUUCAUUGGCAUCGUUGUCAUGAUCAUCGGCCUCCAGGUUCUCAUCGUCUUUGUCGGUGGUCGCGCAUUCCAGAUCAAGCCAGGAGGUAUCGAUGGUACACAAUGGGCUAUCAGCAUCGUCGUCGGUUUUGUCUGCAUUCCAUGGGCAGUACUCAUCAGAUACUUCCCCGAUGAGUGGUUCGCUGCCAUCGCGCGUGUUGUCGGCAAGCCUGUCGUCGUCGUGUAUCGAUGGUGUUGCACGGGUAUGAGCAAGGUCAAGACCUUGUUCACCUUCAAGAAGACGAAGAGUGAGGAGAGCGAGGCUGAAGCUGGUGCUGCGCCAGCGAUCGUCGUGGUCGGUGAUGACGCGAGCGUAGCUGAGAACAGGAAAUGA